AUGCCACUCCUAGACUCACUGAUCGCCCGUGGCGCCGAGGGCGACCCUGCCUUCCUCGCAGGCGCUGCCGCCACUGUCGCUGCUGGAUGCGCGCUAUGUGCCACCCUGUACCGCCUAUGGCUCCAUCCUUUAGCCAAGAUACCCGGUCCUAAGUACAUGGCGAUCAGCGACAUAUUCAGCCAGUGGCACCAUUUCAUCAGCCUCGACAUGAGCCCCUACGCGAUCGAGCUACAUCGCAAGUACGGCCCCGUCGUCCGAAUCGGCCCCAAUCGUGUCAUUGUAGCCGGUAGCGUUGCCUGGCUGCAGGUAUACGGUGUCCGUGGUUCCAGUGGUGUAGGCGAAUUCGGCAAGACUCAGGGCUUCCUCUAUCCAACUGACCACAUGGCUCUGCUCGGCGCUCCCUGGGAGGACCAUCGCCGCCAGCGCCGCCAGCUCAACCAUGCCUUCAGUGUCGCCGCUCUUCACGAGCAGGAGCCGAUCAUCACGCAGUACGUCAACAGGUUAAUGGAGGAGUUAGCGGCUCGAGCCACCCGAGGCGAGGCAGUAGACAUCGUCCAGUGGCUCAACCUCUGCACGUUUGACGUCAUAGGUGACCUCUGCUUUGGCGAGUCGUUCCAGGGGCUCGAAGGUAAUACCACUUUUGUGGAUAACACGUUCCGCAUGCUUAUUGGCAAUUCCUGCAUUCGCUUUUUGAACCAAUAUCCUCUACUCAAGAUCCCGUUGAUGAUCCUUUUGGGCACGAAAGAGACGAAGGUGGCCUUGGAGGCCGGCAAAGCCAACGCGGGACUUGGUAAGGUCAAGGCACAAGCCCGCAUGGCAAAGGGAGACUACGAGGAUGGCCGCCGCGAUUUCGCAACAUAUAUGCUCCGCAAGGGCAAGGACGGCGAGCGAGGGCUCAGCGACGCCGAGGUAGGAGCACUGUCGUCGAUUCUUGUACUUGCGGGCAGCGAGACGACAGCUACAGCGCUCUCUGGCUUCGUCUACUUCCUGAGCCGCCCCGAGAACGCCGAAAAACGGCGUAUUCUGGAGGAUGAAAUCCGCGCUGCCUUUGCCGAUGACGCCGACAUCAACAUGACGAGCACUGGUCAUCUCGAGUACCUCAGGGUGUUCCUGGAGGAGACGAUGCGCAUGUACCCCCCAGCCGCGACAAUGACUCCCCGUAUCAGUCCUGGUGCCGAGGUGGGCGGAUACUGGUUACCGCAGGGCAGCCUCAUCCACGUCUACUCGAAUGCAGCCUACCGCGAUCCUGCCAACUUUACUGACCCGGACUCCUUCCAUCCAGAACGCUGGCUCAAACCUGCACACCCACAGCAUGAUGCACGUUUCGACAGCGACAAGAAAGAAGUCUUCAAGCCCUUCAGCUUCGGCGCGCGCGACUGCAUUGGCAAGAACCUCGCCUACGCCGAGAUGCGCGUCAUCGCGAGCCGGCUCGUGUACAACUUCGAUUUCAAGCUGCUCCCUGGCCAGGACGACUGGAUGGCCAAACAGCCCAACACUCUGCUCUGGCUUAAGGAAGGAUUCAAGGUCCAGCCUUCGUUGCACAAGAAGGCGGUGGCUGCUUAG